AUGACUGGCAACAACAGAGCUGCUGUAAGCAACGGUAACAAAAGUGUUCCCUUUUAUGAAAUCAAGAACCUUUCGAUUCCAUCAGUUCCAAAGGGUAAGGUUCUUGUCAAGGCAAUCGCAUAUGCCUUUAACCCAACCGACUGGAAGCAUCCAGUAUACGGAAUGACACCAGAAGGAGCAGUUUUAGGCUCUGAUUUCAGUGGUAUUGUGGAAGCUGUCGGUUCUGAAGUAGAAGGUUUAGCUAAGGGUGACUAUGUGAGUGGUUGGGCUCAUGGUGGAUAUGAGAAAGAUAUUGGUGGGUUCCAAGAUUGGGUGCUUGCAGAUCCACCUCUUGUAAUCAAGUUCGACAAGCUGCAGCUUGAUCAAAGUAAAGUUGAACCGGUCGGAGACUCGGAGCUGAGAGUAAUCGACAACUUUGAAGGUGCUGCAUCUGUUACUCUUGGAUUAUCUACAAUUGCUAUGUCUUUCACUAAUCAAUUAAAGUUGAAAGUAAAUGAGCCAUCAUACAGAGAUCAGUACAUUUUAAUUUGGGGUGGUGCUACUGCCAGUGGUGUCCUUGCUAUUCAAGUUGCUAAGGACAUUUACGGUUUAAAAGUCAUCACUACUGCUUCCCCAAGAAACAACGCAUUCUUAAAGUCACUUGGUGCUGACCAUAUAGUCAACUACAAUGAUAAGGACGUGAUUGAGAAGAUUAGGAAAAUUGGAGGUGGAAAGAUACAUUUUGCAUUAGAUACAAUUUCCUCCUUAGAAACUUUCCAGUUAGUUUACGAUGCAACAGCAGGUACCAAUGAGGGAACUGUCGCCAUUGAUAAUCUUUUACUUUUGAAUCCUGAGGAAAUUAAGACUGACAAAUCUAGAACAAAUCUUAAGUUCGGUAAGACUUUAGCUUAUGUUGCUAACGGUGAACCUACCGUUUUUGCUGGCAUUCCUGUAGCACCAGAUGCUGAUUUAGCAGCUGAUUAUGGUAACUUCUGGUAUAACAUCUUACCAGGUUACCUCCCUAAAUUGAGACAUUCCAACUUGAAGGUGUUGAAUCCAGGUUUGGAAAGCGUCCAUGAAGGUCUCUCGUUAUUAAUGGAUAACAAGGUAAGUGGAGAAAAGGUUGUUUUCAGGGCUGAUAAUUAG